CGUUGACGUCCGCGGUUCCGUCACUGGCAGCUCCGGCUUCCUGCGCCUGGCUGGUCCGGACCUGCCGUGUGGAUCUGCGGAAGAAGCUGCGCCCGCGGUUCCGCUCACUUGGGUCCCUCUUCUGCGCGCGGUUCGGCCCGUGUUGGCUGCGAUGGAUCCCGGCGUGGAGCGCGUGGCCAUGAGUGCGCCUCCGCUGAUUCGAGCGCCGAGCCCGCUGCAGUUCUUCGGGGGGACACCCGGCACCGGUGCCGGCGCAGGAGGAGGGGGCAGCGGGGGAGGCGGGGGAGUCAUCUCCUUCCAGAUCCAGAUCGGACUGAGUCGCGAGGCGGUUCUGCUGGACGCCGCCGAGCUGAGCCUGAGCCAGGUCCGGGAGGUGGCGUGUUCCAUCGUGGACCAGAAGCUUCCAGAGUGUGGCUUCUACGGGAUGUUUGAGAAGAUUCUGCUGUUCCGUCACGACCAGAGCUCUGAGAACGUUCUGCAGCUUCUGAGCUCCUCCUCUCAGAUCCAGGAUGGGGACCUGGUGGAGGCCGUGCUGUCAGCGGCGGCGACCGUGGAGGACUUCCAGAUCCGUCCUCACGGUCUCUUCGUCCACUCGUAUCGAGCGCCAACCUUCUGCGACCACUGUGGAGAGAUGCUGUGGGGUCUGGUGCGACAAGGACUCAAGUGUGAAGGCUGUGGUCUGAACUACCACAAGCGCUGCGCUUUUAAGAUCCCCAACAACUGCAGCGGCGUGAAGCGGCGGCGCCCCUCCAACGUCUCGCUGACCGGCAUCAACAUGGGCCGGCGUCCCUCGGCCGAGCCGUCUCCGCCGCACUACACGGAGGACGCCCUGCUGUCGCCCGUCAGCCCCAACAUGGAGGUGAGUCCCACGUCCGCUCGCGCCGCGUCACCGCCCGCCUCUGACGCCGCCUGCUCCCGCCAGAAGGGCCCAUGUGAGCACUUGGCCGGGCGAGAGCGCCGCGCCAGCUCGCAGUCCUACACGGGCCGACCCAUCGAGCUGGACAAGAUCCUGCUGUCCAAGGUGAAGGUGCCGCACACCUUCCUCAUCCACUCCUACACCCGGCCCACCGUCUGCCAGCACUGCAAGAAGCUGCUGAAGGGGCUUUUCCGUCAGGGCCUGCAGUGCAAAGACUGUAAAUUCAACUGCCACAAGCGAUGUGCUGCCAAAGUGCCCAACAACUGCCUGGGAGAAGUUUCCAGAAACGGAGAACUGCUGAGCCCGGGGGCGGAGUCGGACACCGCCAUGAGCGAGGGCGGUCUGGACGACAUGGACGCCGAUCGCGGUGCCACUCUCAUGGACGACAUGGAGGAGGCGUCCGAGGGCGUCCUGCUGCUGGAGGCGGGGCCGCUCGACCUCUGUGACCCUCAGGAUCCCGAGCUGGACGAGUCCAACCGAGCCAUCAGCCCGUCCACCAGCAACAACAUUCCUCUGAUGCGAGUGGUGCAGUCGGUCAAACACACCAAGAGGAAGAGCAGCAGCGUGAUGAAGGAGGGCUGGAUGGUCCACUACACCAGCAAAGACACGCUGAGGAAGAGACACUUCUGGCGUCUGGACUCCAAAGCCAUCACGCUGUUCCAGAAUGAAACAGGAAGUAAAUACUACAAGGAGAUCCCGCUCUCGGAGAUCUUGUCUCUGGAGCCGGCUCAGGACCUGUCGCUCCUCCCUGACGGCGCCAACCCUCACUGCUUCGAGGUGGCCACCACCUCGCUGAUCUACUACGUCGGGGAGAACGUGUUGCGCUCCGAGCCCUGCGCCAGUGGCAGCAGUGCUCUGGUCAGUGGCGCCGGGCAGGACGUGUCGCGCAUGUGGGAGAUGGCCAUCCAGCACGCGCUGAUGCCAGCCGUGUCCACCGGAGUCUCCCGCAGCUCGCACCGCGGCGGACACAAGGACGUCUCCAUCAGCAUCUCCGUGUCCAACCGGCAGAUCCAGGAGAACGUGGACAUCAACUCCAUCUACCAGAUCUUCCCCGACGAGGUUCUGGGCUCCGGGCAGUUCGGGAUCGUGUAUGGAGGUAAACACAGGAAGUCCGGGCGAGAUGUUGCCAUCAAGAUCAUCGACAAGCUUCGAUUCCCAACCAAACAAGAAAGUCAGCUGAGGAACGAAGUGGCCAUCCUGCAGAGCCUCCACCAUCCUGGCGUGGUCAACCUGGACUGCAUGUUCGAGACCCCGGACCGAGUCUUCGUGGUGAUGGAGAAACUUCACGGCGACAUGUUGGAGAUGAUUCUGUCCAGUGAGAAAGGCCGACUGCCAGAAAGAAUCACCAAGUUCCUGGUCACGCAGAUCCUGGUGGCGCUGCGUCACCUUCACUUCAAGAACAUCGUCCACUGCGACCUGAAGCCUGAGAACGUCCUGCUGGCGUCUGCAGAGCCGCUGCCGCAGGUGAAGCUGUGCGACUUUGGCUUUGCGCGCAUCAUCGGGGAGAAGUCCUUCCGCCGCUCGGUGGUGGGCACGCCGGCCUACCUGGCGCCCGAGGUGCUGAGGAACAAGGGCUACAACCGCUCGCUGGACAUGUGGUCUGUGGGCGUCAUCAUCUACGUCAGCCUCAGCGGCACUUUCCCGUUCAACGAAGACGAGGACAUCAACGACCAGAUCCAGAACGCCGCCUUCAUGUACCCGCCACACCCCUGGAAGAAGGUCUCCCAGGAAGCCAUAGACCUGAUCAACAACCUGCUGCAGGUGAAGAUGAGGAAGAGGUUCAGCGUAGACAAGACGCUCAGCCACCCCUGGCUCCAGGACUACCAGAUGUGGCUGGACCUGCGCAGCCUGGAGUCGCGGCUGGGCGAGCGCUACAUCACGCACGAGAGCGACGACCUGCGCUGGCACCAUCACGCGCAGCUCAGCGGCCUGGACUACCCCCGCUACUUCAGCGGGGCGGAGGAGACCCUGGAGACCCUCAGCGAGCGGGUCAGUGACCUCUGAGAGCAGCAGGCCGCCUUGCUCGAUGGCACUUCAGUCAGGCAGCCGGGAAUCCAACUGGCAACCUCUCACUCACCUGACACCGAUCCAUAUCAAGCGUCUUGCUCAAGGGCGUCCUGACAAUCGAACCUGCUCCGUGGAGCCAGGCUCCGCUCCCACUGGACCGUCUCAGGGGGCCCAGCGGAUCCCAGCGGCUCGGCUGCGGAGCAUCUCCUCAUCUCUAUCACUGAAUACUUCUGAGAGAAAAUGCGGGAGACCGAACCGCAGUCAUGUGACCGCAGUCAUGUGACCGCUGGCUCCCAGGUGUGUUAGCGAUGUGUGACGUGUGU